AUGAUGAUGGUGAAGCCGAUCAAUUUAUUAUUCGCCCGAGACGCGAAUUAUCUCGUUUUCGUUUUCCUAGUCAAAUUUCGCCUUUAUAGGAAAUCAAGUAGGUUCUGGUUUUCGAGUUUUCGUAACGUACUGACAAGCUGCAAACUGCAGAGCACGCGCGAGCUGACGGACUGCGCAGCUGCGCGAGCUGACGGACCGCGAACUGCGCAGCUGCGCGAACUGACGGACUGCGAACUGCGCAGCUGCGCGACCUGACGGACUGCGCAGCUGCGCGAACUGCUUCCGCGCUCGCGGGGCACUGCGUAAAUAAAACCAAGGCGCGGCGCUGCGCUUUUUUCGUGUUCGGGAGUCAUCGCCGAAGUGGCUGCCCGCGGUGGGGCGCUGGUGGACUGCGCGAACUGCCUGCGCAUUUGCUUAGGCAGCCUGUGCCGAUUGGAAUAGCUAGGGGAAAAAAGAAGGCGGGGGGCGGUAGGGCGGCGGCCCAUUGGAUAGCAUGAGCGCGCAAAAUGCAAAGCCGGACAACCUAAGCCAUGGCAAUGCUUUUCAAUCUUGCCAAAUUUCGGCAAUUUCUUUUGCCGAAAUUCGCCAAAACUUCGGCAAAGAGUUGGCUCUCGGCGAAGUUUUUAUUUGCAAAACCAGGCAGACACUGAACUAAAGCAAAAUUUUUUUUUUUUAAGUUGGCGCUUUGCGCUUCAUGGCCUAGGUUGCCCGGUUUUCGUUGUAUUUUGCGCGUUCGCAUUGAAUAAACACUAAAACGCAAGAAAAUGGGGGGGGGAGGGGGGAAAAGCGGGGCAACACAUAGCCUGGGCGCCCCGCGCUCUUUUGCUCGACCUCCUUUCCUUCUCCGUUUCUUUCGGAGUGAAAUCGGCCUAGUAACUGGGUGGCUUCUGAAACGCGCGCAAAACAUCCACUACCAUGGCCAUCGGAGGCCAGGCAGUGGUCCGGAGAGAGUGGCGCUGUCGAAGUGUUUCUUUUGGUCACAAAGCUCACACCAAGGAACACAAAAAGAAGCACAAAUUGGACAAGUUCCCAGCUGCAAGCUGCCAAAAAAGGCCUCAGCUGGCGGCCAGUGCGCCCCCCUUCUUACCUUCUUCUCUCUCCGUUGUCCAGUUCGAUCACCCCCAUACACAAAGACUCUCCGUUUCUCGCCAGUUCGAACCCCUCCAAGAGGAAGAAACUUACUUUUCUCGCCAGUUCGAACCCCUCCAAGGGGAAGAAGCUUACUUUUCUCGCCAGUUCGAACCCCCCCAAGAGGAAGAAGCUUACUUCUCUCGUCAGUUCGUUCUCUCUUUAUUCAUCUUCUCUGUUUUCAGUUCGUUGGUCGUUUACUAAAGUUGUAAAACUCGAAAACUAGAACCACUAGAAAUCAUCCCUGUCGUGCAUGGGAUGUAGGUACUGUGGUUACAACAAACAGCUCCAGAUUCCAGAAAUGCUACGGCGCAGUUGAUGUCGUGGAAAAAACUUGACGCAGAACAAGACCGGUUGUAAGUAAGUAUUUGUUUGGGUGUUAUUUUUUCUUGACUUGUGGCAGUAUUACGAUUACGUAUCUUCAGUUUCAGUGGUUCGUGUGCUGGACGCACAGAUUUUUCAUUAUGCAAUUUUAGUUUUUAUUUUUGUUUCUGGCCGCGGUCGAAGGGCAACACAUUAGAAAAUGUACUACUUCGUUGUCAUUUAUUUCACAGUGCCUCUUUAACAUUUCACGUUAUUCUCAUUCUUAGCUACCCGUUCUUUCGUCUUACUGCAUUCUCGAUGAUACCUGUACGAUGUUCUUGGGAAAAUAAAUCAAAUCUAUUAUGCAACGCACGUAACGUCCAUUUCGAAGAACCAUGCACAACGGUCGUAUCCCGCCUGAAUUUUUUGUUGUUGCAUGACCCGGGGAAAAAAAGCAAAAUGGAUGUCGAG